AUGAGUGACAAAGAUUUAAUCAUUGAAAAAGAACUUAUUUUUAGCCACUUAGCACGUAGGCUUGCUAAACAGACGCAAUUCAAAACACACCAUUGGGAAAUUUUCUUAUACAGCCCAACUGGAGAAGAUCUUUCGAAAUGGAUCGACUGUGUUACAUUUCGCUUACAUGAAUCGUUUGAAAGACCUGAAAGACCAAUGACUCAUGAACCCUAUCGUGUUUCAGAAGAUGGAUGGGGUGAAUUUGAGGCAAGGAUUGAUAUUGCACCAAAAAAUGCCAUACCAAUAACUCUGGUUCAUAACAUCACAUUUCCUCCUCAAAAUUCAGUGAAACCAUGUAUAAUUGAACGAAAAAGAAUGAAAAUCGUUUUUCGAAACCCUGCUCUAUUACUUUACGAAGGACUCACCACUGCUCCAUUCGCAUGGAACAAAGUGAAGCGUCUUAAGAAGCAUAACCCAGAUUCAGACGCCGAAAUUUUAGAUCGGCCUUCCAGCGACUUAUUUUUAGAAAAGAAGUGGAUGGAAGAACUUGUUCGAGACAAAUCAAAACAGAUACGUGACGAAAUUUCAGAAUUAGCUCAGCAACAGAAAGAACAAAGAAAUCGAAUAAUGUCGCUAAUACAGAAGAUAGAAGUGUUUGACCCUGACCUAGCGGAUGCAGCUAAGCUGUUUGUUUAA